UGAGCAAAAUCGAAGUAAAGAAUGUCUAAAGUUUAUUUAAUACCCGUUGCGGUGUUUCUAAUUUUCCAAGUUACAUUUAUUGGCACAUAUAUAGCGGCCGUUUUACAAGGUCACGUUGUACCCACUGUACCGUACAUUAGCGACGCAGCCACCUAUUCCCCGGAAAGUUGUGUAUUUGGUCAACUGAUAAAUAUCGGCAGUGCAUUGCUGGGCAUAACAAUUUACAUACGUUAUCGUCAAAUUCUACAAUUAUUCGAGCAUCAUUCUGACUUGGGAAGCAAUUUGUUACGUUACAAUCGUUUAGCUGUGUGGUUUGGUUUAGCAUCAUGUCUGGGCAUCAGUAUUGUGGGUAAUUUCCAAGAAACGAAUGUCCGUAUUGUUCAUUUCAUAGGGGCGUUUUGUUGUUUUGGAUUUGGUACCCUUUACUUUUGGAUGCAAGCGUUAAUAUCGUACAUGGUUUAUCCCAUAGCGGGUACUAAACGUUAUGCUCACAUACGCUUGGGCAUGUCGGUAUGCUGCACUAUAUUGUUCAUAUUAUUAGCCGUGACUGGAGUCAUGUCUCAUAUAUUAUUUAAGGGUUUAAAUCCCAGAAAAUGGUACCCUUCUGAUGGCGGUUGGUAUUUCCAUGUUAUCAGCUCCGUUUCUGAAUGGAUCAUUGCCACUGUAUUCUCUUUUUACAUCCUUACAUUUACGGAUGAAUUCCGUGAUGUUGAUAUAGAUCACCCUCAGUUACGUUUGAUCUCUUAUUCUCUAACUUUACAAUAAUUAUUGUUAAAAUGAAUGGUUAAUGUAUAAUUCAUGUAUUAAAUAAGAAACAGUAAAUUUUUUUUCGAGUCGCCAUAUGAUGGUGCUUUUUUAAACAUUUCUCUCUAGAUAUUAAUAAUUGUCAAAAUUUUAAAACAUUUAGGCAUGAACGUUUUUACAUAAUAAUCAUGAAUUGAAUUUCUUUAAUUGUUAAGUUAGUUCUUAAUUUUCCUAAUAUGAAAGUAAAAAAAAACAUAAAUAAACGAAUAAAUACGUUUAAAACUAUAUAAUAAUAAAAACAUUAAUAAUAAA